AUGAUGACUGGUGAUAUGGUGAAGUCCAAUGUCCCAAAAGAAAAUAGAAGAUGCACAAGAAGAAGUAAAACAGUGUCGUUCCACAAUAAUUAUGAAAAAUCCAAUAAGGUGUUUGAAUCAAGCAUCUUAACAGAAACAACUAAUAAAACUUUUAAUAGUAUUGAUAAUAUUAAUACUCACUAUAUACAAAACGAUUUAAACGAAAUAUAUCACAUAAAACAAGUACCACCAUCACCACAAUUACAGCAACAACAAAGUAGCUUUCAAAUAUGGAGAAGAGGUAAUAAAAGGUUCCAUACAAUCUCAUAUUUAGAUACCGAUUCAGAUAAAAACAGCUCAAAUAACUUACAGGAGAAGGUAGAACUCGACUUCCCUCUCAUAAUUAACAAUAAAGAAAGCAUUGAAAAUACUUAUACAGAAAGUCAGUCUGAAGAUGAAGAAUCAAAUAAUAAUUCACUUCCAUCUAUAAAGACUUCAGAAAUAAUAGAUAAUAAUAAUAAUAAUAUUACCAUUAUGAGCGAUUUCAAGGAUGAUCACCUGCCAAAGGAAACCCAUUUAAUAAAAGCAAUCCCCUCUGACCAUAAACAACAAACCCAAAGUAUUCUAUCAAAUCAGAACAGUCCUGUUAUAAUUGUCCACAAACCUUUAAAAGAAUUAAUAAAUAAGACAUAUUUGGAUUUCUUUAACGCAGAUGCUAACAAAAUUCAUUAUAAAGCUGGUCUUUCAAAGAACACUGUAGCUUCAUUACCAAGCUUACAUCCAGAGAUAAAACGUAACCAAAAAACCAAAUGA